AUGGCACGCGGGACUCGACGGGGUUGGAUAGCUGUGCCUAAGUGCUGCAGGGCUCCAAACUGCUCCAACACUGCGGGCCAACUAGGCUCACACAACCAGCCUGGGAGCGUCUACAAGUUCCCACUGAAGGAUGGUCCCAGGCUGUAAGCCUGGCUAUGGCACCUGGGCCAUGAACACUGGGUACCCAGCUGCCACCAAUACUUGAGCAAUGAGCAUUUCACAGCCUCCUGCUACCAGUGGCGAUGGGCAGUUCGCUACCUGCGGCCUGAUGCGGUGUCCUUCAUCUUCUCCAGGGUAUCAACUGAGGUGAGAAGGUCCCCUAACCAGAAGCAUGUGGCACCGCCCCCUCCUCCUGGGCGGGAGGUUUCAUCCCUGCCCCUGGAGCCUAGCAGCAUGGCAUCUGGCCCAGUGCAUUUCCUGGUACUGGGACCUGCAUCAGGAGACCCCGAGACUUCGGCCACCAUGCUCCUGACCCCUUGUUCCUCCCACUUGCUUCCACGGCCAAGGACUGGAAUCUCUGACCAGCACCCACAAGCUGGGUUGGAGGCUGCUCUUGGGGCACUGCAACAGAUAGUUCACAGGUUGCAGAGGCACCAGGAGUGGCACCAGGCACAGCUGCAAGCUUUGGAACAGCUGGCACAGCAGCUGCACCAGGAGAGCCUGCUGGCCUGCACACACAGGGUCCAUUGUGUUGGGCGAGUGCCCCUGGGACUGGGACCCAGGGCGCUUGCUCCACCUGCAGUUCUGCUUUAAACCAGGGUCCAGUGUCUAAAGAACCUCUCGUGCCUUUGGGGUUGUUGGUAUGACCUCACAGCAGAGUGCUUGCCUAGUAAGGGCCAGGACCUGGGUUCCAUUUCCAGCACCAGCCAGACAGAACAGGCCUUGAGUGUCAGUGCAGGCCUGUAAUCUAACUAGCAAGUUUAAAGCUAGCCUGGGCAAUGUGCGACCCUGUCAGAAAUAAGCAGACAUUAAACAUCUGUGAAUAGCAGCCCAUCAUCAAUCAGAGCUGCGUGACGGCCACCCAACGAGGGCAUAAUUAGGAAACAUGUUUAAGGAGUGCGCUGUCCGUGCCAGACUGAAACUUACUGAAAACCGCUAUGAUCAUGAUGCUGCUUUUGUGCCGUUCUCUGGAUAUGAAAGCAGAGUCCUAACUUUUACCAAAGCAGGUAGGCAUAAAACUGUAACCAGGGACCACCAUGGAGCUUGUGUUUGCAGCUGUCAGGCUGUCUAAAGCUCCUAGGCAACCCCAGUACUGUACUGCUGAGUUUGGUCUUUUGAGAGGAAUAAAAUAAAUCAAUUCUUGACAUUUUUUCUCUGCUUAUGACUCCGUGGUAGAGGUGGGCUCUAGCUCAGUGAUAAGUCCUUGCUUAGAGUGUGUGAGGUCCUGGGUUCAAUCUGUAGUACUCUAGCGAGGUGUCUUCAGCUGGUGGGUUGGACAUACCCUACAGGUGAGACUGUUUGGUCACAACAGUGCUUUAGAAUGGUUGGUUUGUGGUGACCCAGAAGAUAAAGAGCAGGGUCCGUUUUCCCAGGUGACAGUGGUCAGCUGGAGAUGCAGCGUGGUUGUCCCUGGUGCUUUGAGACUGUGGCCUGGGCACCAGUUGUAUGGUGGGGCUGGGACAGAACUCAGACUGAUGCCUGGAGCUUUCCAUGGAGCUUGCUGGGGUCCCUGGGCUGACAUUGUCUCUCUCCGCAUCCCUGCCCCGUUUAGUCUCUGCCUCCUACUAAAUCAUCUUUUUCCUCUUUUUUAUGCCUGCAGGCCAGAAGAGGGCACCAGAUCCCAUUUUAGAUGGUUUGUGAGCCACCAUGUGGUUCCUGGGAAUUGAACUCAGGACCUCUGGAAGAGCAGCCAGUGUUCUCAACUGCUGAACCAUCUCUCCAGCCCCCUACUAAUUCAUCUUAUCUCACCAUCUCCACAUUCACUGACUUUCUGUCUCCAUUUUGCUAUCUCCCCACCUAUACCCCCCCCCCCAUGUCACUCUUCAUCUGUAUCUUUCCAUGUCUUUGUCAUUCCAUGUUGGUCCUUCCUGCAUUUAUCUUCCCACCUCCCCAUGACUGUCUGUGACCUUACAUCUGCUGCCUUGUCUCCCCACAUCUCUCCAUUCACAUCUUGUUUCCGACAUCCCUAGCCUUCCUGUUCCUCACACUAUGCCUGCCUGUCUCCCUGUGUCCCCUGUUUCCACCACUUCUUGCUGGGAUGACUCAGCUUCCUGGACCCGAGGAUUCACCACCAUCUGUGGAAGGCCUGACAUAGCCAUACACCUGCCACCCUGGAUGCUAAGCCCAAGCCCCUGGACACUCAGAUGCCCCCUGUGUAAGGGUCCGAGUGACAGGAUUGAGAGACAGAGGUAGAAGUGGAAGAGUUACCACACUUGGCCUUGGCCUGGCCCCGUUGCCUAUACCUGGGGAGGAGCAAUGCUCCCAGCACUGGGUCCCACUCUCAUCCACUUGAACCUUGAAUGUGACCUUGGACCAAGUUGCCCCGGAGCCCUCAUCCCCUAGGAUGCUCAUCCUCUGCGGUUUCCAGCCCCUGCUAUCCCCAACUCAAACCCUUGGCAAUCAGUUAAAGUCUGAGCAGAAUAAGGGUCACUCGCUCAAGGGGUGCUGUGCCUGGUUCUGAAGAGUCCCGAUGUGCUGUGCCAAGCCUGCUGUGGGGUUGGGAACAUAGCAGUGAACACGGCCCCAAACCAUCCCUGCCUUUGAGUUCAUGUCUGCUUGAGUAGAAAGUGAACUAGUAAACUAAUAAACCAGAUCACUUCAAACUGACAA